AUGACAUCCGUGACAGAUGAAUAUCCCGUAUGCGAAGGCUCUAGUCACUGCUCGGUGAUAAUCAUAGGAGCAGGGAUAUCAGGCAUUUGUAUGGCCAUUGAGCUCCUCCGUCACGUGCCCACCACCAACUUCCUCAUUGUGGAAAAGAACAGCGGUCUUGGAGGUACAUGGUAUGAGAACCGGUAUCCUGGAUGCGCAUGCGAUAUCCGCAGCGCGCUGUAUAGUCUUUCGUUUGAACAGCGUGGGAAUUGGACACGGGACUACCCUACCCAGGAGGAAAUCCUGAAGUACCUUGAUGAGGUUUCAAGUAAAUGGAAUUUGCAACGUCAUAUUCGGUUCGAUUCGACCGUGCAUAAAGCACAGUGGGACAACCAUCAGUUGCUAUGGAGGGUUCGCGUUUCCACUGGUGAUCUGGAGAGUUCAAUGCAGUCGCAAUACCAGCUCACCACCGACUUCCUUUUUCCCGCAGCUGGACAAUUGAACAUCCCUCGCUACCCUGACAUUCCAGGUCUCGGCAGCUUUGUCGGCAAGCAAAUGCACUCCGCCCGAUGGGAUAGCACCUACGAUAUUGCAGGCAAACGGAUCGCUGUGAUCGGGAAUGGUUAUGCCUCUACAUUUCAGGUAGUUCCGGAGCUGGCCAAGACCGCGUCACGGCUGAUGUUUAAGCGCGGGGUUUUGAUGCGCAUUCGGGAGUCCCUCCAUGCGUAUAUCACCAACCCGGACUACUCUCCAUCCCAGAUCGAGUGGAUUCACGUUGAUCUGGAAACGAAGCCCAUUCAGCGGAUCGCAGCCACGGGGAUUCAAGUGGAGACGGAAGAAGCCCAACCGUUCGAUCUGAUUGUACUGGCAACAGGGUCUCACACGGUCGGCUUCUUGUUUUCAAUGGACAUUUACGUGCUGGACGGCCGUCCAUUGCGGGAGUUGUGGAAGGCAGGCGCUCAGGCGUAUCGAGGGGUGGUAGCGGAAGAUCUCCCCAACUUCGGUUUACUCUAUGGGCCGAACACAAAUCUCGGCCAUAACUCAGUCGUCCAUAUUAUUGAGGCUCAGUCACGCUAUCUCGGAAAACUGAUUACCGCGGUGGUUGAAUCCCGGUUGCACGGGCAAACGUUGGCGUUGCGCAUCCGGCCCGAUGCGCUUCGGGCAUAUAACGAGCAACUCCAAAACCUCUUGAGUGAGACCUCCUGGGCGGAUGCGCGAUGUAGCAGCUGGUACAAGACUGAGGACGGACGGAAUGUGCACAACUGGCCGAAGAAUGUGGGGCAGUAUCAAGCGAAGCUGGCGCAGGUUCACUGGGACGAUUUCAUCGCGGAGGGAAGCGCAGCAACGAGUGUAGUGCUCUGGUUGAGAGAGUCUGAGCAAGACGAUGAAUGA